UAUGUAUGGGACAAUAAUUAUUUUGAAAUUAAGUGAAAAUCAAGAUGUAUUUGGACAAAGAACAAGAGAAGCUGAAAAUAAUAUCCUAGGUGUUUAAGAAUCUGAAGAUAAAGAUACUCAUAGUGAAAAUGAAGGAGAAUAAAUUGAAGAAGUAAGUUUAGAUGAAGAACAUAAAGUUUAAGAAAACAAGGUUCAAGAAAACAUUCAAGAUUUAGAUGACUUUCAUAUUGCAUGGGAAAACUUAGAAGUUGCAAAGAAAGACCAAUAAUUUCAUUAGGGAAUUUCGGUAAUGCAUAAAGUAAUAAUUAAGAAAAAUAAGAAGUAAAUUAAUCAGAUGAUGAAUGUGCAAGUAAAAAAGUUAAAAUUGA